AUUCUAAUCAUCCCUCUCUAGCUUCAUCAUUUCUAGCAUAUUUCUUUCUUUGUCAUCAUCCUCUUUCAAUGGCCACCUUCAUUUUCAGGUCUAACAAAAUGGUCCAUGCCUUGACCUGGUUUUGUCUCACGCUAAUGAUUCAUAAGGGGGCUGCUUAUGAGUUCAUAGUUGGUGGCCAAAAGGGAUGGAGUGUUCCAAGUGAUUCCAGUUACAAUCCUUUCAAUCAAUGGGCCGAAAAGAGCCGUUUUCAAGUAGGAGACUCCCUAGUGUUCAACUACCAAUCUGGCAAAGACUCGGUGCUUGCUGUAAAGAGUGAAGACUAUGCAAGCUGUAACACUGCUUCACCUUAUGCAAAAUACACUGAUGGUCACACAGUCAUCAAGCUCAGCCAAUCAGGGCCUCAUUUCUUCAUCAGUGGAAACAAAGACAACUGUGCCAAAAAUGAGAAAAUAACAGUGAUUGUUCUUUCUGACAGAAGCAACAGCGGCGGUUCAUCAAACACUAACCAAACAAGCAAUGCUUCUCCACCUUCACCACAAUCAUCAUCAUCGCCUCCUUCACCAUCUCCUUCUAAGCCAGAUGAUCAAACUCCAUCUCCAGAUACAAACCAAACACCAUCUACUAGUGAUCAUGGUCAUCCUCCUCGCAACGGUGCUGCUUCGGUCUUUGUCAACAUAGCUGGUUCUGUUGGAACACUCAUGGCUUCUGUUCUUAUUUUAUCUAAGUAUUGAUUGAUUGAUUUUUUAUAUUUUGUUUUCUGUUUGAUUUUCUAUGUUUUGAGUUCAGUGUGAACUAUGUGUUUGUUCAAAGUUGGGAUGGUGUUUGAUAUUUGUUUGUGAAGAUUGAAAAAUAAGGUGCAAUGAUUUAUAUACACUUUAGUGUGCUUCUUGUUCAAUAAUGUAAAAAUGUUGUAAUGUUAAAAAUGAAAUGAAUUAAACCCAU